AUGGAUAUUUUCAGAAGCCCUCCAGCUCUGGCAAAUGCGCUGUCUCCGUCAUCUUCGUCCCGCGACUCUCGAGUCCAGCUUCCUUCGACGACCGACCCUCCUGGUCCGCAGAAUCCACCCAGACAGCUGGUAUGGCUGAUAUUCGGCGCAACCGGGCAUAUGGGCCUCUCCCUCGCGAAAGCCGCUCUUCUUCACAACGAUCUGGUGGUCGCCGUCGGCCGCACAUUCGAAAACAGCUACGAAUCGAUGCAAAAAAUGCAGGCCGAAAAUGCGAACUGUUUGGGCUUACUCUGCGAUGUCCGAGCAAGGGAGACAGUACGUGAUGUUGUCAGGAAAUCCAUCUCCCAUUUUGGCCGUAUCGAUAUUGUCGCAAACUGUUCGGGAUACGGUGUUAUUGGCGCGUGUGAGGACCAGGACGAUUACGAUAUUCGCAAUCAAUUCGAGACUAAUUUCAUGGGGACUCUUAAUAUCAUUCAAUGGACCUUACCGCACUUUCGCGAGCGAAGCUCGGGGAGAUAUGUGAUUUUUAGCUCGACCUCGGGUACGUUGGGGGUUCCUGGUUUGGGACCCUAUUGUGCUUCCAAGUAUGCAGUGGAAGGGCUGAUGGAAAGCAUGUUAUACGAGGUUGACAGCUUCAAUAUUAAGGGGACAUUGAUUGAGCCAGGCCAUAUCCGGCGAGACGAUAUUGUGAAUCCCUUGACACCUCGUAGUCCGGAAAGCAUGCCGGCGGCUAAUCCAUUGCCGGCUUAUGGGCACUUCUCGAUCAAACCAACGAGCGAGACAUAUCGAACGGGUACAUCACCAGCCGCACAUGCCAGACGCAUGUUGCUCUGGCUUGGCGACAAGCAACCUGUCAGCGCAGUGAAAGCCGCAGAAUUAGUAUGGCAGCUUGGUCAUUGCUCGUUUCCACCUUUGCGACUGAUUCUUGGAUCGUAUGCAGUCGAUACAAUCCGUGAUAGAUUGAGAUGCAUUACUGAGGAAAUUGAAGAUUGGAAGCAUCUAAGUUUUCCGCUUUCUGACCAGCCACCUGCCAACGAAUAUACAGCGGACAAGAGAUCUGCGACGGAAAGAAGUGACGAAGAAGAAGAACACUAUGCGGAAUAA